GCCGCUGCGAUGGGCGCGCAAAACGCGUGGACCACCCGCUCCUCCCUCAAGACCUCCACCGUCAUCGUCGGCACCAACCUGCAGAAGAUCGCCGAGAUCCUGUACCUGCGCGUGCGGCGGAAGCUGGAGGGCUGCUGCUCGAGCUCCGUCCCCGAGCUGGGCAGGCGGUUCCCGUCGAUCAACAACUUUCUCCCCGAGAGGCAGGACACGGGGGAGAGGAAGGCGCCCCUGCUGCGCAGCCUGCCCUCCAUCGUCAGAGAGGCGGUCGCCAAGCACACCGACGUGCGGAACCAAGAGUCCGCCCUGCUCACUCGCCUCGCCUUUUGCUGCGUCGCGUACGCCGUGGGCGCCGUCGGCGGCGCCGAGGCGGCGCGCGUGUGCUGCAUAGGGUCGCUCCUGCCGGCGGCGCUGCUCAUCGGACUCGCGCUACAGCCGUGGAGAUGACGAGAGCGAUGGAGGGACCGCCAAAAGCGGGGCACUGUGAUACGCCGCGCACAGGGGAAGGUAUAGGCAAGCAUUCGCUGCAGCCCUCCCGUUGAGGGUGGGGGUGGUCCGUCGGCGAUACACAUACAUGCCGCCAGGAUGGGCCGGAAUGAAAAGGUAAAAGGAGCUCCAUAGGAGCUCGCAGUUCCCCGCGCACGCCGCAGGCACUCACUCUCAGGUGCACGAGGCAGUCCGGUCUCCUCUCGUCCGAGACUCCUCUCUCCUGGGCCAGAGUCUCCAGUGUACCAGAGCCAGACCCCUGGAAUAUGUGUGUCGUGGCAUUUUGUUACAAUCUCCCCCAUC